AUGUCAUAUAUCCAAGUGCAACAACCCGAAAGCCAUACUAAAUAUGGUCCUUUUAUAGAAGAUGUUACAGACAUAAUUAUUCCAACCUGCGACGAUUAUAUCGAUUUAGAUGUAUUAGGUCAAAGCAAUAUCAAUUUGGAGGACGCAUUAGUCCCUCUUGUAAAAAGGAUUAAAGGUUGGGAAAACGUUACUGAAGGUUCUCAACUUAUCAUCACUCGAGUUUCUGGUGCUCUCACAAAUUGUGUAUUCUUUGUGGAAAACAAACGAGUUUCUAAUAAUGGUAGCCCAUCAAAAGUCGUCUUACGUGUAUAUGGAAAAGGUGCGGAUCAAUUCUGUGAUAGGGAAGAAGAAUUAAAAUGGUUGAAAUUCCUUUCUCCUUACGGAAUUGGUCCCGAAUUAUUAUUGAUCUUUGCAAAUGGUCGAGUUGAAAAAUUCCUUGAAUCUAUUACUUUAAAUAGCAAGGAUGUAAAGUGUCCAAAAAUUUAUAUUCAUAUUGCUGAACGUAUGGCUUCCCUUCACAAUAUGGUCCGUCUAAACCCUCCUGAAAACGGUACUGAUCCUUCACUUUGGACUAAUGUUUCAAAAUGGUAUACCGUUGUUGCAAAUAAUACAGAAAAUUUCUCCGAAAAUCAGAGAUUCGUUUUACGUGAAUUUGAUUUAUCUUUUCUUAAAAAUGAAAUCCAAAUAUUACAAGAUAAAUUAUCUUUAAUUAACUCUCCAAUUGUCCUGGCUCAUAAUGAUCUUCAACCAGGAAAUAUUCUUAGACUAACUGAUGGGUCUGAUGAACUAGUUGCUGUGGACUUUGAGUAUGCUGGUUAUAAUUAUCGUGGUUUCGACAUUAGUAACUUCUUUUGUGAAUUCAUGUUUGAUUACUACGAUUCAAAUCCUCAUAUUUUACAUAAAGAUUGGUAUCCAAAAGAUGUUGACAUGUUAAGAUUUUUAGAAUCUUACUUAUCUUGUAGCGACCCAACUUCCCCCUUAUCUGACGAUGUAUUACAAAAAUUGUUAAUAGAAUGUGAAGCAUUUCAAUUAGCAAGUCAUUUAAUGUGGGGUCUUUGGGCAUUGAUUCAAUCUUUACAAAGUAAAAUUAAUUUUAAUUACUUUGAGUACGCUAUGCAGCGGCUCAAAAUGUUCCGAGCUCUUAACAAAAACAUUUAUAAAAAAAUUGAUAGUUCUUUUUCAUAA